UCAAAGAUGGCGUAGCGCAAUCGUUGCGUAUCGUAGGAAGAGACGUAAAUCUGUGGAUUCCCGUGAAAGUGUUCAUGUCUUGUUGCCGCUUCGAUGUCAAACAUGUGCGAAGUGUCGCCGAAGUCCAAAAGCUCUCUGGAUGUCGAGGUGUCGAAGCCCUGCAAGACUUUGGCAGUGGUGCGAUCGGCCGCCGACCCAACGAAAACGCGUACGGUGAAAGUCUUGGACGAAGAUGCGUACACUGCUGAAAUUGGCAAGAUCAUCGAGCGGGACUUCUUUCCCGAUGUGCCCAAGCUGAGAGCGCAGAAUGAGUACCUCGACGCCCUCGAAGCUAACAACAUCACAAAGUUAAGGGAGCUGCAGGAAAAGUACCAGCAUCGUGGUAGCGCCCGGAGCGUACUCCGUUCAAUACAAACACCAUCGACAUUUGAGACUCCGUCUCUGGAACCCAGCGUCACACCAGCCCCUUCGGAAUCCGGUCGUGCCACUGACAAUCAAAGCACUUCAGGGCUUGCACCGGAUGGUCAACAAGAUGCCGAAGGGGUCUCGGCGCAGAGCAGCCAGCUUUCGCUGGACAGAUUUCUGCACAAACACACCAGCGAGGACAAUGCCUCGUUUGAAGUGAUGGUCGCCGAGGCUGAGCGGCGGCAUCGCGAGAAGCAUGCCUGGAUGUACCGCGACGAGAAGGCAGAGGGGGCACCGCUGGAUGCCAUGCUGGAGGGACCGGCACCAAAGCUGGCAUUGAAAGGACCUCCAUCCGCUGCCGAGCAACAAGACAUGAGUGAAGGGAGUAGCAAGGCUCCCAUCACUUGGCGUUACACCAACAAAAACUCACUCAUGUACAUACCGCCAGGAGCAGCACUGACAGAGGAUGAGAAGCGGGAGCGUGGCCCGGGCCGGACCAUCGUGCACUGCCACACACGUCUCGAGCAGUCGCCCUUUGAUGAGAACGCCAACAAGGAAGCUCUCGCCCAGGCUGCCAAUGCCCAGGCCAAGGCCCUCGAAGGGAAGCUGGGUGUGGACGGCCGGGAACUCCAGCCGGGGACGACUUCGCCCAAGGUGGGCGGCUUUGGUUUUGUCGCCACACCAUCGCCCGCUCCAGGUGUCAACGAGACUCCACUGCUGACCUGGGGUGAGAUCGAAGGCACACCGUUCCUGUUGGACGGUAGUGACACGCCGUUGCCACGAAAUCCCGGUGGGCCCCAGUUCCGGAUACCGGAGCCCCGUUCUAGGGAGAGGCUGGCCCACUCUCUGGCAGAUGGUGCAGCGCGCCGCAGUGCGGCCCGCAAGAAUGCGGCCCUCGAUCGUGCUCGCUCCUCUCUGCUCAGCCCGAGGCUAAGCCCUUCCCCCAAGUCUCCCCUGGCACGCCUCGGUACCAUGUCGCCUGCGGCACGUCACUUGGCGUCGGCAAAGCUGGGCAUCUCCAAAGGCAUAGACAGGGCCCUGAGGGCCAGCUACACGCCAAAGACCACCACUCCUGGAACACCGGUCGCAUGUGGUGCCACACCGUCACCCCUCGUGCCUUCGCCCGCCUCUCGAAAGGACGCAUGCAGACGAGAGCCCUACCUCUCCGGCAGCGACAGCUCCUCACUAACCGACAACCUCUUGAAGCUUCCCGUGAAGCGCAAAGGAGCUGCGGACUUUUUUUGAUCUGGCACAAGAAACUGGGCUCGUUGCGUCUUGCUGACCUGUCUGUAACAACUGCAAUGUCAGCUGGGACACAACCCAACAGCCUCUCAAUGCUACGUGUCAAGAACAAAACAGCAGCGUAAUGAUUACAUGCCAAUUCAGUGAAGUGUCAUUCUGUGUCACUAGUCUGUGUGUGGUGAUUUUGCUGUGAAGGUCAAGAACAGACUUGCCUUGUAGUGUGUGCAAGUGUGACUACAGCUAACAUUCGUUCAUUGUAUAUAUACAAUCCACUGUCACAUUUUUGCUAUGAACUAUGCAUCUGCCAGAGGUUUUGCUACUACAUUGCUGUGCAUAAAAAUUAACUUAAAACACUGUGGAAUUCAUGGCUUUUGUCAUCAUCGGCAUAUUCAAGCAACAUUGUUACAUUGUCAGUUGUGCCGCUGGAAGAUUUCACCAAAUUUUUGCAGGGUCUUGAACAGUAUUUCUUUUUAGAUAGAUAUGUGGCAGGACAUGAAUGUCCUUUGCCUGGGAUUAUAAAACGCUUAGUAGAGAAAUGCCUUUUGUGCCUUUCCGCAAAAGUUUCUAACUUGAGAGCUACAGAUUUCUGCAGUCAAGCUGAAUACAUGCCAUUUGUUGCUUUGCAUACUGUUACAUGUAUUACAAAAUGUGCAUCUUGUGACCUAAGCAUUGUUUGUGCAGGAAGACAGUCUCUUGUAUUCAUAUAGUCAUUCAUUGGGCUAGACAAUCUACCCUUUUCAAGAACCUUGAUUGUUUUUUUCGGUUAGCUUUUCAAUUAUGUGAAACUAGAGCGCUCGGCAUUUUCGUCGAUGCUUUUAUGUAUGGUACCACUGAACCCGAGCUGCACAAUUUCUAAACUUCUUGUGCCUCACCAAUGCACCAGUUCAGAGUGGUGCAGGCAAAUUGAACGGACUUUUGGGUCAUUCAAGUGACGUUACCAUAUGCCAUUGCCUCUGAUAUACGUAGUCAGCGUAGCGCAAGUCUUGGAGCUCGUGAUGUAUCACAGAGAGAGAGAUGUAAGCUGGGAAAUUGCCAUCAGAGCGUUGUCAGUGUUUGCCUUUCCUCCAUAGAAAAAUUUGCUGUAAGUGGUCUGGCAACGUUUUCAUUCCGUUUUUAGUACAGCACUUAGCUUCAUGUUAAAAAGGCAGGGCGUGCAAACAUGGACACAUGUGC